AACAAGAAGAGUCCGCGCGGAUCCGCCCCGGCCGCGUGGGCGGGCACGCUACGAUCCGACGGCUCGCGCCGAGGAUCCGCACGGCACCUGCAAAGGCAACGCAAGUAAUCUCAGGCUGGCAGGCGGCAGGAAAAAGGAUCGAGGAGGAAGGAGGUGGACGACUCCGCCCGCACAGACCCCCGGGGCCACGGACAAAACCACCACCACCGGAGAAAAGGAAGGGGGCAACCGCGCGCGACGCACGCGGGAGAAGCCCUCCUCCUCCCGGCGGGAUGGGCGCGGGGAAUGGCCUGAGCAACGGCGCAGCCGCCGCGGCCGAGGCGGCGCCGGACGGGACCACGGUGUUCAGGGCCACGGCCUACUCGCCGCUGCGCACCACGCUAGCGCUGGCGCUCUGGCUGGGGGCCAUCCACUUCAACGUCCUCCUCCUCCUCGCCUCCAUCUUCCUCCUCCCCCGCCGCGUCGCCGCCAUGGUGCUCGGCACGCAGCUCUUCUUCAUGCUCGUGCCCGUCAAUGACAAGAGCAGGCCGGGACGCAAGAUCGCCAGAUUCAUAAGCAAGUACGUCGUCGGGUACUUCCCCGUCACUCUACAUGUGGAGGACUACAAAGCAUUUGACCCCAAAAGAGCUUACGUGUUUGGUUAUGAACCGCACUCUGUUCUGCCCAUCGGCCUUGGGGCCCUCCUGGACCUUGUUGGAUUCAUGCCAUUGCCAAAGACCAAGGUUCUUGCAAGCACCGCGGUGUUCUACACUCCGUUCUUGAGGCAGAUAUGGACGUGGUUGGGUUUGGUUCCAGCGUCAAGAAAGAAUUUCUACUCCUACCUUCGAGCUGGUUAUACCUGCAUCGUGGUGCCCGGAGGUGUACAGGAGAUGCUUCACAUGGAUCACGAUUCAGAGGUUGCUUUUCUGAAAUCAAGAAAAGGUUUUGUUAAGAUCGCUAUGGAGACAGGUUCUCCUUUAGUCCCUGUUUUCUGCUUCGGACAGAGCCAUGUGUACAAGUGGUGGAGACCAGGUGGCAAGUUGAUUGUCAAGAUUGCUAGAGCGAUUAAAUUUACUCCAAUUGUUUUCUUUGGGAAAUACGGGACUCCCAUCCCUUUCGCAACACCGCUUCAUCUGGUUGUUGGAAGACCAAUUGAGGUUCAGAAAAAUCCCCAGCCUACAUAUGAUGAGAUAAACAAGGUACAUGAACAAUUUGUGGUUGCGAUGCAAGAACUAUUUGAAAAGUACAAGACGAAAGCUGGAUAUGACAAACUCAAAUUGAGGGUUCUAUGAUGGCCGUCCAAACAUCCAACCAUAGGCUCUUGCAAAGUUGCAUUUACUUAGUGCAGUAGCAUUCAAACUGGAGUUUGUUUAUGUCAAGCCAUCGCCAGGAUUCAGUAGCUCUGAAUGUGUAGGAAAUCCCAGCAGCUGGAAUGGCAUGCUCACCUGGCCUUGGAAAACACAUAAGAUGUAAAAAUUGUAUACAUUUGCGUGCUCCAAAAGUGCUCACAAGCUAAGACACAUAGGAUGUAAUGAUUGUGUAUUUGUUUGCUCAUAAAGAACAAAGUAGCUUCUUCACAAA